AUGGCAUUCGAGGCCUCCCAAUCGCCAAUCCAAGGCGACGCCAUACCUCCAAGCUAUAGCGCGGUGGCUGAUGAACAUAGCGGAAUAGAUAUCCUUGAGACGAUAUCAUCGAUAAUGUCUAGAGAGCUUAAGUCGCCCCUAGGCGAGUCUUCGCCUGAUGAAGUGCGACGGCUACAAAACUUCCUCCUCUACACCCUCGCCGUCGAUUAUAUGGCGGAAAUUGCAGUCAGCCUGAGCGCGGAGGACCAGCUUCACUUCCUCCAAGUCGCAGAUUGCCUGGGAUCUCUCUCUCUGAGCACUGAGGUCGUCAACCCAACCGAACAGGACCGACAAGUCCUGGGACCGUUCUUCUGGACGCAUCUCCACAAGCCGGCACAAGCCCUGGGGAUAUCAUCGGAUAUCGUGCUCCUAGCAAUAUCUCGCUUCCGUCAAUAUCGCGAUGUCACAGGCCGCUAUAGGGGAAGUGUCGAGAUGAUUCGCCAUAACUCCGGCUUGCGGCAUCUUGCUAUCAAACUCUUCACCGAUAAAAAUUUCAUGAUCAUACAAGUUGCUCGUACCCCGAAGGAGGCCGAAAUCCUGAUCCACGCAUUAAAUGAUGUGCAGGGAGAAUUUUUCGAGUCAUUGGAUUUUGGUGCCGCUGUGGAGCUGCAGCCGAAGCAGGGACUGGAUGAAUGGUGCCACGCUCACUUUGAAUCCUAUACGCUGACCAAGGAGGGACGGUACUACCAGGCACAGCAAGAGCAGGGCACGAAACGCAAACCGGUUCUGCAAAUGGUCAAAUCCUGCUUACAAAGCUUGAAACAGCUAGCAAGUCUGGAGCGGCUCAAUGAACUGCUGGGAAGGCCCAGGAUUACACCAGCACCCACAACGACGCCGUUAGAUGAAGGCGAUCGGCUUUCGGCUGCGUCUUGUUUUGAUCCAGAUUUUUGGAUGGGUGGGAAGGGGAGGAAGUACUUUGCGCACAUCGUGUGA